AUGGAUGACCAGAAGGAACGGGUGCCCACGACGCUUCCCCCAAUUAACUCAGAAGAUGGGAAUUACUCUGUGCACAAGAAUAGCCACACAAGGUACCACAGAGCUGUACAGAAGGUGUUGUUAAAGACAUUCCCCAAUCAAGUCUUCAGAGUACCCUUGACUGAUGCUCAGAACUUCAGCUUCUGGAGGUCACAUGAUCCAGGAGAGCGCCCAGAAGACACCAUGCCCUGGAUCCGGGGCCCUCACCACUGCCUCAUUAAAAGCCCGAUGACCAGGUUUAUGGAGUACUCGGUCCUCAAUGACAGACUCUUCAGUCUGUACUGAGCAGGAUAUGUUUGCAGAAGGACAUGAUGGACUGUGACAGGAGGACAAAGAGGGGAAAGAGGAAGAAAGUGUCCUGGUUCUGAUGGCUGACCAGU